AUGACAGGGUGCCGAAGGCAUCGGUCUAGCGGAAGGACGACGGGGUGUCGAAGGCAUUGCUCGCGUCGAAUGGAGCCAGGGUGCCUAAGGCAACGCUUGCUCCGAAUGAUGGCGGGGUGCCGAAAGGCAUCGCUAGAGCGGAAGGACGACGGGGUGCCGAAAGGCAUCGCUAGAGCGGAAGGACGACGGGGUGCCAAAGGCAUUGCUCGCAUCAAACAGCGGCGAGGUGCCAAAAGAAUCGCAUGCACCGAAUGA